AUGGACAGACUUAUCCAACUAGGAGCUCUCGCUUGCUUGUACCUGGGCGCUGAGUCCAAGGCAUUGAGAUGGCAGGACGACACCCCGAGCUGGUCACCUCCGAGAGAGACCAUCGCCGCUAUGGACAUGAUGGAGCUCGGAAUCAGUCCCGUCCCAACUGCGGCGCCUGACCCGGCCAAUGUCGAGCUUAAGCUGGCGAAGCGUGUGAGAGGCGAUGAUACUUGUGGUUACAUCUCUGGAGAGUCCACGGCGUCCAUCUACUGCGAAGUCGGCACCUGCGUGAUUAACAGCUUCUACUCCGUGGUGGGCUGUUGCGCCUCCGCUACCAUGUCGGACUGUAGGAUCGCAACAGGUUGUCUGCCAUCAAGCUCAUCUAGAUUCUACACCACUAGUGACUCCUUGAUGCUUUUCUGUAACGCCGCUUCGGCAACCGAGUGUGCUACCUACGUGUACUCGGAUCCCGUUUUCACCCGGUACACCCUUUACAACUGCAACAGCGUUGAGAAGCGUGUUGUAGUCUACGCGAACCCAACCACUCCAGCUGGCGGUAACAGCCAGACCCGGAGCCCCAUCACCGAUCCUACCAACACCCCAAGCCCUACUACCAUCUCCCCAGGACCUGCCACGACAUCAGCGACUCCGCCACCAACUGGCGGCGGCUCCUCCACGCCCACGGGCGCCAUCGUCGGUGGCGUCGUCGGAGGUCUGGCCGCCAUUGGUCUCAUCAUUUUCGGCGUUGUCUUCCUUCUCCGAAAGAAGAAGAAGAACAACGGGCCGGGUGACAAUAACAACGGCCAGGUGCCCCCCGUCGCAUAUAACCCGCAGCAGCCCCAACCUGGCCAGCAGCCGCCUCAAAUGUACCAGGCCCCGCCACCCCAGCAGCCGUCGCCGGGCGGAUACGCUCCUCCCGCACCCGGGGUCUACCCAACUGGUUUCGCUCCCGUGGAUAACAGACAGAGUAUGCUUAAGCAGCCAUACGAUGUCACGACCGGCAACUACGAGCAGAACAACGGCAUCAGCCCGCCCGCAAGUCCGCCACCUGUUAGCCCCUCACCCACCUAUCAGUCUGGAGUCCCAGCCUAUGUGCAGUCCCAAGGCAACGGCCCCAGCCCAACCCAAGCUGGAUAUCCUCCACCUCAGCAGCAACAGCAGCAAGGCGGCUACUAUAACGCGCCACCGGUUCAGACACAGCAGCAACCACACCAGCAGCAGACAACCACACACGCACACCAUCCUCACCACAGCUACGCUUCUGAGCUGCCAGCUACGAGGGGCGAUGGCGAGUUGCGUGAGUUGGCAUAA